UCCAUUAUUGUUUUGGUUGCAGUCAAAGAGACAGAGGUGGAUGCUCUGAUCGGACUGUACCAUGAGCUGCUGGGGGAGUCAGCUGCUCAGGGCAGAGCAGUCACAGGUCUGGACAGGAACAGGUUCAGGAUGUUGCUGUACCACAUGUUCGGGAUGACGGACGACAUGAUCAUGGCCGGAGUUUUCAGGACAUUUGACAAAGACAACGACAAAUUUGUGAAUGAGAAAGAGUGGGUCGAGGGACUUUCCGUUUUCCUCCGAGGGACCUUGGAUGAAAAAAUUAAAUACUGCUUCAAUGUGUACGACUUGAACGGUGACGGCUACAUAUCAAGGGAGGAAAUGUUUCAUUUUCUGAAGGACAGCCUCCUCGGGCAGCCCUCAGAGGAGGACCCAGACGAGGGAGUCAAGGAACUGGUGGAGAUGACACUCAAGAAGAUGGACUAUGACCACGAUGGGCGGUUGUCAUUUGACGACUUUAAGAAGGCAGUGAAGGACGAGAACCUGCUACUUGAAGCCUUUGGAACCUGCCUCCCUGACACCACAAGUAUUGAGAAAUUCGAGCAUCAAGUAUUUCAGAAACAAGGGAAACCAUAAAGAAAUUAUAUUAAUGUUGGAUUUGACUUGACAUUGGAUUGACUUGACCCCUUCCCCCGGAGUCCCUGUGCCUUAUCGCCCGCAGAUCCAGGGCCGCAGCCGUGGCCACAUCAUCAUGGAUUGCUAUUCAUGGAUCCUGGUCGGUGGAUGUCUCACAAUGUUAAAGCCCUAUGAGAAAAAUUGUGAUUUGUGAAUAUGGGCUAUAUAAAUAAAAUUUGAUUGAUUCAUCUUCAGAGGUAUAUUUUUUAAUAAAAAACUAUAUCGCUGUUUGCAUUGACAUGACAAAUGUUUCAAUAAAAAACUGUUUCCACAAGGAACCGAGCUG